AUGCAACGCCUUUCCUUAUCCCAGGAGGACAAGCAGGUGCGAGAUUGGUUCAUCGAGACAACAAAGGCGUUGAAAUGCAACGUCAUCGUGGAUGAAAUGGGCAACAUCUUCGCUGUCCGGCCUGGUCGAAGAAAGGACGUCUCUCCAACAUUCAUCGGUAGCCAUCUAGACACGCAACCAACAGGCGGUCGAUAUGACGGUAUACUGGGUGUUUUGUCCGGCAUCGAGACUCUGAAGGUCAUUGACGAGAUGGGCCUAGAAACAGAGGGAGGCAUUGGUGUUGUGAAUUGGACAAAUGAAGAAGGCGCCCGUUUCCCCAUAAGUAUGAUCUCUUCCGGCGUAUGGGCAGAAUGCAUCCCACUUUCUCGAGCCCAUGACCUUAAAGAAGUGCCCACAGUCGCCUCACUCCCAACAGCCUCCUCAGCCCCUGAGACCAUGAAAUCAGCCCUCGAGAAGAUAAACUACCUCGGUACCGUGCCAUGUUCAUACAAAGAAACACCAAUGGCCGCACACUUCGAGCUACACAUCGAACAGGGCCCUCAUCUUGUCUCCGCAGGCCAGCGAAUCGGCGUCGUGACAGCAGUGCAAGCGUACCGCUGGUUUCGGCUUAACAUAGUGGGCAGAGACACCCACACGGGAACGACAUCGUUUGAACACCGCGCAGAUGCCCUAUACGCUUUCGCGCGUAUGAUGGUACGUGCUCGCGAAGUCGCAGCAGCAAAGAGUUGUCUUGCCAGCGUUGGCAUCGUAGAAGCGAAGCCCGGCAGCGUGAACACCGUCCCUGGGCUGGUCAGCUUCACGCUUGAUAUUCGCGGACCUGAGACCGAUAUGGUUCAAGCAGUCGAAGUAGAACUGAGAAAGGAAUUCGAUGCCAUUGCUGCAGAGGAAGGAAAGGGAAUUGGGAAACCGUGCCGUGUCGAAUGGACUCUGGAUUUUGAUUCACCGGCAGUCAAAUUCCAUGAGAGCUGUAUCGACUGUGUGCAGCAGUCUGCUGAAGCGGUCAUUGCUGAUGCUGAAACGCUAGAGCCAAAGUCGCUGGUGCGCACGAUUAUGAGCGGUGCUGGUCAUGACAGUGUGUUUACUUCGAAGAGGGCCCCGACGAGCAUGAUCUUUGUCCCGUGUAGGGACGGUCUCAGUCAUCAUCCGGAGGAGUUUUGUUCUGCUGAGGAUUGUGCGACGGGUACAUCUGUGAUACUGCAAGCAGUUAUUCGAUAUGAUCGCAAGAGGUUCGCACCAACAUGA